AAUACGAAAUUCGAAAGCAAAACCAAUAAAACAACAUAAAAUUUCACACAAACACAUACAAGCAUACAUACAUACAUACGUACAGGCGUCACUUACUUUGUCUGUGUGUGCGCAUAAGUCAGCUGGUUAGCAAACAAAACAACAAAAAAAACAAAAACAGUAAAGCUUUUCUCACAUAACCACAUAACUGCAACUACAACAACAAACAACAAUAACGAGCAGCAGCCAAGUAGCAAACCUAUAAAAGUUACAGUUUCGUAAUAAUAAUAAUAAAACAUAUAUAAAACAACAACAACAACAACAACAAAUAAACACUGCCAACAAAUACGUACACAGCCACACUAGCGAGCAUAAACAAACAUCAAUAAAUAUCUUUAAAAAAAAAAAAAGUGCAACCAUUAACAACAACAACAACAACCACCAAAACAACAACUAUAAUGUAUACGCAACGUAUGUUUGACAUGUGGAGCAGUGUUACAUGCAAGCUGGAAGCACACGCGAACAAUUUAGGGCAAAGCAACGUACAAUCGCCGGGACACAACAACUCUAGUGGAUCAAUAAAAGCUAUGGCUACUCAAGCAAUGAAGUGAGCUAUGGCAGUCCCUACGGCUAUUCGACAUCGGUGACACCGCAACAGACGAUGGCCUACGAUAUAUCAGCGGAUUACGUCGACAGCACCACGUACGAGCCGCGUGGCACGAUAAUGGAUCCGGACUACGUCAGUCAUGCUGAUGGCGACAUCAACGAUGUUCUUAUCAAAACCUUAGCCGAGGCACACGCAAACACAAGCACCAAACUCGAAGCCGUGCACGAUAUGUUUCGGAAGUCUCAGGAUAUUUCGAGGAUACUUUACUACAAGAAUCUGGGCCAAGAGGAACUGUGGCUAGACUGCGCUGAAAAGCUAACACAAAUGAUACAAAACAUAAUCGAAUUUGCGAAACUGAUACCCGGAUUUAUGCGUUUAAGUCAGGAUGAUCAGAUUCUGCUACUGAAAACUGGAUCAUUCGAACUAGCCAUCGUGCGUAUGUCGCGAUUGCUUGAUCUCUCCCAGAAUGCGGUACUCUAUGGUGACGUGAUGCUGCCACAGGAAGCAUUCUACACAUCCGAUUCGGACGAGAUGCGUCUGGUAUCGCGAAUCUUUCAAACGGCUAAAUCGAUAGCUGAACUGAAACUGACUGAAACAGAGUUGGCGCUUUAUCAAAGUUUAGUGCUACUUUGGCCAGAGCGAAAUGGCGUACGCGGGAAUACAGAAAUCCAGAGGCUUUUCAAUUUAAGCAUGAAUGCAAUAAGACAGGAGCUUGAAGCGAACCAUGCGCCCUUAAAGGGCGAUGUUACUGUUUUGGAUACAUUGUUAAACAAUAUACCGAAUUUCCGCGAUAUAUCCAUAAUGCAUAUGGAAGCACUGAGCAAAUUUAAGCAACAACAUCCGAAUGUCGUCUUUCCGGCGCUAUACAAAGAACUGUUCUCAAUAGAUUCGCCACAGGAUCUCACAUAACAUCAAGAAAACUAUGUGGAGACUACCAACGCAAUCGAUGCGCCGGACACGUUGGAUGCGUUGACGUAGAAGAAAAAAAGUUGCGUAGAUGAAAAGGGCGACGGCAAGUAAUACAAGCAAUGCAUGCAAUUGGUGGCUGCUGCAAUAAAAAUAUACAUACAUACAUAUGUUGUGAAUGCGUGUGCGCACAAUUAGUAGUUGCGCUAAAAUAACAACAACCAAAACUGUGCGAGCAGUAACAACAAUAGGAGAAACGUUUCCCAUAAAACAGCAAUUUAUAUGCAGAAGAUCCUAAAGCAGCCAGUCAAAUAAGCAGCAGGCGUCCGAGUUUCUUCUUUUUUUUCGGAAGUUAAAGUAACAAAAACAAGAAGUUUAUUCUCAGUUCAUUCACUAUUUAAUAGAAAAGAAGCAGGAAAAACAACACUGUACUAAAAUACCAUAAAAAUAGUAGAUCGUAAAAAGAACAAAAUUAAACAUUUAUAAAAAUCAUUAAUUUCAAGCCACAUUACAGAGAAUAACAAAAGCAAACAGCAAAGAAAACAAAAAAACAAAAAUUAAGCAGCAAAUUAAGUUUAAGAAUAUUUAUACAGAAUUUAAAAUAGAAGCAGAAAAUUAUAUACUAGUUAUAUAGACAAACCAAACCAGAAACAGGCCGAAUGCACACACACACAAACACAUGUACACCAAAAACACUUCAGCAAAGCACUAGACAACCACAAUAAGCGUCGAUAAACAUACAUACAUACAUACACAGUAUAUGCACACGAAAAAUCCAAUAUAAAACAGCAUAAAACCGCAAUAACUGCAUUACGUUAUAUCAUAAUGUUAAACACAGCAAAAAA